GCAGCGGCUCCCCAGCAACCUCGGGCUCCCCCCCAACCCCAGCAGGCCCGGCCCUUGCGAACAACCGCGGCGCCGCCCCCUGCGCCUGCGCUCGAGGCUCAGCGCCGGGGCCGCUGCUGCGUCGUGCCCGGAGCCUCCGGCCCGGCCCGGCCGCAGACAUGGGAAAAUCUCUUUCUCAUCUACCGAUGCAUACGUGUAAGGAGGAUGGCUACGAUGGAGGUACAGUGUCAGAUAAUAUGAGGAACGGGUUAGUUCACUCUGAGCUGCACAAUGAGGAUGGCAGGUGUGGGGACGUAUCGCAGUUUCCGUACGUGGAAUUCACAGGAAGGGACAGUGUCACUUGUCCUACCUGCCAGGGAACAGGAAGGAUUCCACGAGGGCAGGAAAACCAGCUGGUAGCAUUAAUUCCAUACAGUGAUCAGAGACUGAGGCCAAGAAGAACAAAACUUUAUGUGACUGCUUCUGUUAUUGUAUGUCUACUUCUUUCUGGGCUGGCUGUGUUCUUCUUGUUUCCUCGCUCAAUUGAUGUUGAAUACAUUGGUGUGAAGUCAGUGUACGUCACUUAUGAAGAGGGUAGACGCAUAAUAUAUUUAAAUAUUACGAACACACUAAAUAUAACAAACAACAACUAUUACUCUGUUGAAGUAGCAAACAUUACAGCCCAAGUUCAGUUUUCAAAAACAGUUAUUGGCAAAGCACGGCUAAACAACAUCACCAACAUUGGUCCUCUGGAUAUGAAGCAGAUUGACUAUAUGGUGCCCACAGUCAUACAGGAUGAAAUGAGCUACAUGUUUGACUUCUGUACUUUAGCAUCUAUCAAAGUUCAUAACAUAGUAGUGAUGAUGCAAGUGACAGUGACAACCUCUUACUUCGGCCACUCUGAGCAAAUAUCCCAAGAGAGAUACCAGUAUGUGGACUGUGGAGGAAACACAACCUACCAGCUGGGCCAGUCAGAAUAUUUAAAUGUACUUCAGCCUCCGCAGUAAAAGCACCUGUUAGUUAGUGUGGAAUGACUGCUCUUGAAGCUUGCAGAGAUUCCUUUAAAUAGGACUGGUUCUAAGUAAGGGUGAGAGUAUGUGCAUGUAACGCAUAGCAAACCUGGUGGCCUGUUCACUUGAAAUGCAAGGAGGAAAAAGGUGCAAAAUGUAUAUAGAUGCACUUGUUAAAUGUUGUGUUUUCCCCUUCUGUUUGCUUUCUGUUACUGUAAACACUUCUGUCAAGUUGUGUGGUUGGAGAGGGAGGGGAAAUUACAGAUUCUUGAACUGAGUUGGGACCUUUCCUUACAGUGUGGUACAUCAACUUGGAGUAAUUGUGUGUAUUUCUGUCUGUUUAGGUGAAAUGUGUCACUAAUGAGCAUUUUAGAAAAAUUGGUACUCAUAAAUUUUAAGUUUAUACUUUAGUUCUUGAUAUUUGACUCUUGAAAUUUACAGUAUAACUACUUAAGUAACAAGAUUGCUUUGAGGUAUCUGGGUGUGAAACUAGUAUUAGUGGCAGUAGUUCUUUGUUUUGGGAUUCUACUUUUCAUUUGCUAUACUUGAUUAGAGGUGACAUGCAGUCUGUGAAAGCCAGGAAAGCACUCAUGGAUGACGCUAUACUUGAAUGUGCAACUUCUAGAAUCUGGCAUCUUUUCUUUCAUAUUUCCCUCUGCUACCUCUGCAAUGUUAUAAGGAGAAUGUAUGUUGUUAGGUUUAAAGUAAGGUUAAAAAAAAAGUCCCCCAGAAUCACUACUGACAAAGGAAAAAUUCAAAACUGUGGAAAAUGAAGGGGUAAGACUUUGACAGUGUCAUUCCGAUUUGUUCUUUUGAUUAAAUUUUGAGUACAGCUAUACAAAUUAAAAUUGUGUAGUCAGGAUCUAAGUGAGAAGCUGUUUGAAUAUGGGUUUGGGCAGGUUGAUGUAAAUUUACAACAUUUUUAUUGUUUUAAUAUACCAUGUACUAAGCUACUUGUCAGUGUUCAUACGUUGGGGUAUGUGUAUUUUGUGCACAGACUCAGUAAGCAAUGCAGUAGUUACCUGAAUCUCCUGAGUGCUCACAGUUCACAUUGGUUAUAUAAGUGAGGAUAAAGCAACUCUUUCUGUAAGAAUAAAUUAUGAUGUAAUCAUGAGACUGACCUAUAACAAAACUGUUAAAAAAUAGUUUCACUGAGUUAGUUCGCACAAUGAGAAUUUCCAGGGCUUUUACCAAACACAGUGAUUCUAAAUUUGAGGUCCAAAGUUGCUUGACUUUUGAAGGCUGACUAUUUGAAUGGUUAGGGGCAAAAUUUUUAAAACUAACUAGAUCAGGAUUGUUUUAUUUCAGUAUUAAAUAAGAUGCAGCUGUAAGGAAGUACUAUUGAGACCAUUGCAUUGUAAUAAAUUCUAAUUUUUUUAAAUAGGUGUUGCGGUUUUUAUGCUGCCUAUCUCCUGGAAAUAAGCUAAUUAAAAUGAACUAGUAAUAAACACUAUGGAAAAAGGCUGCUGAGUAACUUCUUGUAACUAAUGAUGUUUUAUGCUUCAGUAAUUCAGUAAAGUUAUGUGUCUAUUGUCUUUCAUUGGCAUUCUUCAGGUGGACUUAAUUAGGGGUAGAGGUGCUGGGAAACAUAUCAAUUAAGACUGGUUUAAAAGAAAAUUAGCAACGGUACAGAAAAUAAAAAUCCUCUGAAUGCUUUGAGCACUCAUCCACAAUGUCUUUUAAAAGUGUGUCUGUAUUGGAACCUACGCUGUCAGUUUCUUGUAACUUUUGAUUGAUGAAGAUGUUGGCUUACAAGAACUUUGAUACUGAAAUAAUUGAUGACUUAGUUAUGUUCUGAUUUUUUUCUUGUAUCUGGGCACUUUUAAACAUUCUUUAUUACAGCUUAUGAUCAUAAGGCAAACUAAUUCACAACUGGCUCUCCUAAUCUUCCUAGAGCAUAGAUGAGGUUCUGUCUUGUGUCUGAUAAAACAUGCAGAAGCUGGUCUGGUAGUCUGAAAAGAUAGAGCUGAUAACUCAAGACCAGAAUAGUGGGGAGCUGGCUAGAAGCAGGGAAGUAACAUCUACUAUGUUGUCUGUCAUAGAAAGGUUCAUUUAUUUUUUUUUUGGAACACAGGGAAAAUUCUGUUUUAAACCAUGUGAGAUCUGAAGUCAACCAGUAAGUGAUACGUUUUUUUUUCCUCUAUUCCCAAGUACUUAAGCCUCAAGAUUGUUGUUUGUUGUUUGUUUUGUUUUCAUUUUUAAGUAGAAAGAACGAGAGAAGAGCUCUAGGCAGAUAUUUUUUUGUACUAGUUUAAACCAGUUCAAAGGAUAAUAGAUAAUCUAAAAUAACUGGAAUGGCACAGUGGUAUAGUUAUUUGGUCACACCAGUGAACGCUGCUUGAACAAGCGCGUGCUUAGGGAUUUUACACUUGUAUGUGGUGUUGUGAGACUCCAACUGACAUUUGAAAGACUGGCAGACAUACCGAGCAAAAUGCAUACUUAAGUCUGUGGAUCUUCCAUUGCAUAACAUGCUUGGUGUGGGCUACUUUAAAAUAAAGAAUGAUCAGUGGAAUUAUUCUUUCUGUGUAUGUGGAGGAAAAAUAAAGCUCUUGUUUUUUCUUACAUCUCUUAAUCACCUGGGUUACCUAAUGGAUGUAAACUUUAACACCAUUAAUUUGUGGUGGGCUUACUGAAUAACUAACAGUUCUUACCUAAAAACAGAGGCAAUGUAGUAAAAAUCCUACUGAUGAAUCCUCAAAUUAAGUUAGUUACAGGAGAAUCAAAAGCUUACAGUUCUGUGUGUGUUAGUUUGUGCUUGCAAAACAUGUCAACAUGUUAUUAACCAAACAGAACAACAGUUUGAACUUGACUACUAAUUUUAAUAUAACAUCUCUUCAGAUAAGCUGAUGUGGCAUCUGAGUAUUCAAAUUAGACUUGAUUUCUGUGGCUAAGCUUGGAAAUACUAUGCAAAGAGAGCAAGGGAAGGCAAUUUGAAAUUGCAUAACUUUGUAAACAAACAAUAAGAAGAGUACAUGCAAAUGAGAGACCUAUAAUAAUUUUGUAUUUAUUUAUCUCAAUUGUGUUUUGUUUGCUUGUUUUAUUAAACAAAGGCAAGCCUUUUGGUUCACUGUAGACCAAUGAGUACAAAGUAUAAAUUCUUUCAAGAAGGUCAGCUUGAAGAGCCAUUGUCUUUUCUGGUUUGUUUUCCCUGUGUGUAAGAUGUUUUCUGAUGGAUUUUUUUUUUCCCUGAAGUGAUGAAUAUUUCAUUUGUAAAUUCCUCUUAAUCUUAAAAUACUAUCAAAUACAUACAUAGUAGCAUUGCAUUAUUAUAUUUCAAGGAAUUUAUUUCCAGUAUAAUUCCUUUCACUUGAACUCUUCAUAGCAAUUCCUGUAGCAAAUGCUGUUGCACUUCAAAACGGGAGCUCUUAGUUAUCUGUUGAAACAGUGGUACAGGUAUUGUACUGCCAUGGCACAAUCAAAAAACAAAAUGUAUUCUGUAUACACUAACUGUAAAAUGUCAAAGUUGUAACAAGGUAAAUUAAUAUGAAACAAAUGAGUAAAAAAUGUUAGCUAUUUGGCCACUCUGCCCUGGAGAACGAAGUUAUUUAACAUUUUAAAUAUGACGCUUUAAAAAUGUAUGUAUGAAGCCACCAAAUGAACUCAAAGAUCCAACCAUCGAAUACCAUUUGGAGAGAUUAGAAGGGAAACCUUCCUCCUAAGAGGCAUAAUACCUUGUGCUUAUUCUUGAACUCCUGAUGUAGGAAAGAGCCUGUAGAAGCUCAUUUAUAAUUUGUUUACUUAUCUUGGUAUUUAGGGGCCAAUUGUUUGUUUCUUAAUCUUCUGUGAAGGCAAGCAUAAGAAUGUUUUCCUGUGUGGUAUGGCUUUGAAGUUCUUAAUGCACUUUUGGUUCUUGCAUGACCUUGAUAUUAACAUUGUGGUAUAUUUUGCAGCCUUAUGCUGACAGACUUAAGUACAUACUUUAUUUGACUUUAUUUCAAAUCAUCCCUGAAGUUCUGCAAAUGAGUUGAUUUCUUCAUAGUAGUACAUUGCAAACAAUACUAUGGGCUUUUUAGUGUGUGGUGUGUAAAGCUAACCAUGUAAGCAAUUGGUGUGCUUGGGUUGAACUUUUAGGGUCUUUAGCCAUCUGACUGAAACGUUGUACCCUCGUAAUGGGAAGGAUGGUGCUUGAAGCAUUAUGAGAAGGAUUUCCAAAUUCAGAAAAUAUUAGUGUUAUUUCUUAUUCACCAUUUAAGGUUUCUUUUUUUUUUUUUUUUUUUUGGGGGGGGGGGUGGAACAUGGGGCUUAGUUGUGGUUUUGCUUUUUUCCCCUCCUCUUUCUCCCCAGUAUGUAGUGGGAUAUCUAUCUGUUACCAGGCAGUAUCUUAUAAAAUGGGUGAGUUGUUUUGGAGUCAGGCACCUAUGUGAAUCUGAAUGUCAGUGGGACUGGACAUCUACUUAAGAGAUGACCAAACCUAGCAGUAAUACCUCUGAGAAUUCAAUUUUUCCAUCUCCUCUAAUAAAAUGCCAAAAACAAGCAGUGCUUCCAGGCUUAUUACAUCUGAAAGCGAAGAAUAAAUAUGAGUGCUGCCAAUGCACUUCAAUAAUGGACUACUGCCACCAGCAGAAUGUUUGCUAGUGUUAGCCCUGAUUAUGCCAAAGAUCUGUUAUUUUGGUGACUUUGUAUAGGAGGAGGGGGAAAAAAAAAAAAAGGAAAUAAAAACCCAAGCCAAAACCGAACUAAAACCAUGUUGGAAACAAUCACUUGGAUAUGUCAAAAACAUGUUUUGUCUACUUGAGAAGCCACCUUCCUUUUUGACCUUUAGGUGGAGUUUUUGGUAAUGAAAGGGUAGAUUGCAGUGCUGCCCCUAUAGCUUUUGGCAUGGAUACCUGAUUUUCUGCCUGUGGGUUGACCUUUUGGGCAGGGACUGUUCUCCAGAAGGAAUUUGUCAAGUUAAAGUCCUGCAGCAUAGCGUGAGACUGUCAUAAGGGUCUUGCAACAUGGGUGAGUGUUGUGUUUGGAUACUGAAACUGCUUUUCCUUUGUGUCAGUAGGGAUGUUUAAUGCCAGACAUGCAAGCAGAUUAGGGUGCCUAAAUAUUUUGGGUCUGACCAUGAGUGAUUUAGUCCUUUUUUGUUUUAAGGAAGCAAACAUAACCACUGUUAACAUCCACUGUACAGAGUAUGCAUAUAAUAGCUUGAGAUAUGUAUAGAAAUACUAAUGAGUGAUAACUAUUUUUGUAACUUAAGAAUUGUAAACUGUUGUUCUUGUAACUGUGUAGCAAAUGAUCUAUCAACUUCAGCAUGAUAAAUAAACACUAAGUGACUUGGACACAAGCUAUCUUAAUGCAAGUUAACUGGAACAAUGGAUAUGUUCUCUAGAGGUUCAAAAUCUGGAUUUAACUGCAUUAUGGAUAUUUGGAUAUUCUAGAUGGGAUUGUUUGAGUUGAAGAAUGCUAUUAAAUUUUCUAUUAAAAAAAAAACUUGGGUCACAUAUCUUUUCUUAAACUCACUUGAUAAUAUUUUUCUCUUUUACUUCUACGUCUCCCUAUAACUUUUCCCACAAGUGUUCAUGAACUUUCAAUGGUAUCAUUUGAAUUUUUAUAACUAUUGGCAUUCUGUGGUGUAAGAACUCUGCAAUCUACCUUUUUUGAUAUUAUGUUUUAUUGUGUUAAGUCUGUAAUAAACUGGAGUAUCUUAAAGCAAA